GACAGACUGACAGAGCAAAGAGCAAAGUGACCGAAGGCCUGCGGAUGGCCGAGUUCGGGGCGAAGUUGUGCUCAUACCCUGGCUGUCGUCAACACGACUUUCUUCCAUAUGCUUGCGCAGCAUGUCGCCAGGUAUUUUGCUCCGAUCACAUGGCGAUCGGCAGCGGGCAUCGAUGCGACCAUGGAGAGGAGUACCUGGCGUCGCGAAAUGGUAAAGGCGGGAGAAUCGCUGCUCCAGGGUCACACCGUCUCUCGCUCAGCAAACCGUCGGAGGUGAUGUCUGCCGUCACGUCUCGGUUCGACGGUCGCGAGAAGGAGCUAAAUGCUGUGACGACGCACUUCAAUAUCAAGGCUUCAGAGGGGGAGGCGGGUGAAGGAAGCGCUGGGGCACCUGACAAACUAUUGAGGAACUCUCAGCUAGCCAUGGACAAGGCGGCGACGGAGAAGGGGAAGAGGGUGUCAACCCAGGUCCAUCGCAUGCUUCUGAAGGCGAAAGCGGUGGGAGACAAGAAGCUGCGAAUGGAAGACCGCUUCUUCCUUGAGGUGCAUUACUGUGGCAACGACACCGACGUGCACCACCUUUUCUUCUCCCGCCUGUGGACGGUCGGCCGAGCUCUGGACGACAUCUUGAAAACCCGGCGACGGCAUCUGCGGCUGAAGGCUGGGGAGGAAGCUCGGCCGCUGGAGCUCGCGCGGGUCGGCGCGAGUAGCGGGCUGCCAACAGGGGGGAUCUUCACCAACUUACCCCCGGAGCAACUGCAGUUGUUCGACGCUGUCAUGGUGCGGCCACGAACCCUACCGCGAGCCGGUUCUUCUGCCUCCGAUAUCUCGGCGGAGGGAGGCAGCAGCGACUCCACCGUUGCCGCUCCGGGGUUGAACGUGGAGAGUGCGCCGGAUGACUUGAAAGGGAGUGGUAUUGGCGGUGACGAGGAGCCCUCGGAGCAACAGCAGCGGCAGACGGGACACGUUUUGAGCACUUGUGCUGUAGGAGCGAAAUCAUCAGGGUUUGAAGAGGCAGUUGCAGGUUCGGGCGUGACGUCGGCGGCAGCAGGAACGCCAGCGACGAACGCCGGCGGCGGGGCUAGCGAAGAAGGAGGCGGAGGAGGGGGCAUGACCAUUACGGUUUGCCAUGGCAAGUCUGUCUACGAGCUUGGCGGAGUGAUGCCCGACCGAAUGAGCGUGCUUGACCUUAAGCGACGGCUGGAACCCAUCACCGGCGUGCCGUUCCUACGGCAGAAGCUCUUGUUCAAAGGCAUUUUGCGCGACGGGGACAAGAUCGGCGCAACGAAGAUUGUGGAGGGGGCAAAAGUCAUGCUCCUUGGCACGGCCGCUGCUGCGAAAAAGUGACUCGGCUCCGGCCGGCUUGCUCUUCGCACGGAAUAGAACAAGGGACCGGUUUUGCUGUAAAAGAUGCAGCUUAGUUCAGUGUGUUGAACAUGUACAAAUGUGUACAUAGUUUGAGUGGUGCAUCAUGUAGUUCAUCAUCAAGCGGCGCAUUUAUUGCGAGCAGAUCUACAUGUACACGUGUACCAAAUGAAGCGGUGUUCCCCCCCUCCCCUGUACCGCCUCGUGCCCACCACCUGCCGUGUCGAAAGACAGAAGCGAGUUUUUAUUAAUUGCUGAUUGUAGGGUGUUCGCGCUUGGACCCAGAGGAGCAACACCCGCUCUCGCUGUCGGUGCGUGUUUUUCCCUGUACCAGAGGGUUUACGCACACAACAGGAUAUGCAUACGGUGCGUGAGUGCUGCGUAACAAGGACGCUGGACAUUCACCAAAAACACAAUACAAUCUGUAGCGCAGUACGUGUGACGGACCUUAACGAAGCAAAUACCGCAGGUGCCACGAUAUAGUGCCGGUGCCCGGUAGAGUGCCGGCCACAUCUAUGGGCACGAGUGCCCACCCCUAUACUACCGAUAUAUCCCUGUUGUGAAUAGUGCCGGUGUCAGUUGUGACGUGCUCCGAUGAGGAGAUCACCAGCUGGGGGUAGCAACGUAGCAGAGUGUAGCCAACCGACCAGCUCCAGCAAUGUUUACACAAUGAUGGUACAAGUUGGUCUGACCAAGGAGCGAGUAUGAAGGUUGGAGCGGAUUUCCCACGCGGUUUUUUCGAACUAGACUCUUGUCUGAAGUUUUGACACGGCAUCUGCAUGAGUACAACAAAUAAAAUAGCCACUGCGCCAUUUGGAUUCCUAUUUUUCAUGAGUUAGGCCGAUAUUAGACUAGUAUUCAUGGGAAUAUUUGCUAUGCGAAAAAGUCGUAGAAAAAAAGAAAAAAGUCAAAUGGCACAAGUGGCUUUUUCAUUUGUUGUACUCAUGAGGAUGCCGUGUCGAAUAUUUCAGGUUCUAAAUUUAAUUUGAAAAAAACGCGCUGGAAUCGCGACAUCUUCACAUUCCCUCAGUGCCAAACCGGCACUAUUCAGGGCCUGAAAAUCCCUCUAUAGUGCCGGCUUGGCACUUUUCAGGACUGUUCGACUUCAGAGUGCAGCGCUUGCGCUUUGCGGGGCUGAUAGAGUACCAAACGAACGGUAUUUGGAUCAAUCGUGAGGUGGGCGACGUGGGCGGGCUUCAUUACGUUUCGUGGGGCUCUUGGACUGUCGAAAAUACGGCAAUGGUCAGAUAAAUUGUACUUGAUUGACCAGAUAGAUUUGUUGCAAAGAAGUUGCUGAAACUUCGUGAGCGCGUCUAAAGCGGCGAAAGAAGAGCGUAAGGGUGGCUGAGGUUGUCGUGCGGAAUCGGCUCAAUAAAAAAAGUGCGUGGUUUGGAGCUUCCGAAUGAGGUCGACGUACGUACGCACCAAACAGGUACAUCGAGACUCUCAACAGGUAGAUACAUACGUAACCUCGCAGCCUGCUAGGGCCAGGUCAUGGGUUCAAGUCCUGGCAGAGUGAGUUUUUUUCUCACGAAAUAAAUCCUGGUCUAGGAUGAAAGCGACGCGCUGCACAGCUCGUCGUUGUUAAACCAUAAUCGACUUCGUAAGUCGCGAGAGAAGGGAUUGCUGUACCCUUCUCGCGAUAAAAAUAAUACCUCAGGCGUAGUCUUUGUUGUCCUCGAUCUUGCGAACUUUCUCUUUGCAGACGCGUCCAUCGGCGUGGGUGUAGAUGCGGUCUUUCAGUUCACCCAUUCCGAGGUACAGGGUGCAAAGCCCGAUAGGGGCGGCGAAGCUCUGGCAGUUGAAGGAGACGUUAGGCUUCCCGCGGCGGGCGACCCUGGCGAUGGCGUUCGACUUAGGAAUGAUCUUCCGGCAUCCGCCACAGCUGUCGAUCAGCAAAAAACAGUCGAGGAAGGGGAUGGGCGAGAGGGCAUGAUGACACAGAGUUGAAGUUUCGGCAUGAUGUAACGGCAAAGUGCAGCGUGCAGGAGACCGGUGCGUCAUGUUGGAGCGUCGCACCCAUAGAACACAUCGCUAGAAGAUGAUUUUACGAAAUAUGAAACAGGGUGGAUCAUCCAAAAGCAUUCAAAGGGGUUAAUUUUUCAAAGCGUUUUUUUGCCAAAGUACGGAAAACAUGAAAUGAUCCGCGUGCAUAACCACUCGCUUGUCGAGGCGAUCCAUAUGCACGUGUUAUGUAUGCCAUGUGCUCCCGCAGUCUGGAAGCUGCUGAGUGCCCCCAAGGGUGUUCACAAUGGCUCUCGUUGUUUCAAAUCUGAACCGUGCUAUCUCCGCUUUCUCUGGAACUGUGGAAACGCCCCUCUCUGCCCCAUCGUAAACAGCCCCUGAAGGAACAGGAAUUCGAAGCGAGGAUGGACGCGCUAAAGGCUCUGUCUGGGACGUCCUCCCCAGGCUCAGACCGGCAGGGAAGUAAGGGCCAGACCUCCACUGCAACCGCAGCCCUCGCCACGUGAAGUUCACGGCGUCGUUGACGACAAAAGCCUGUGAGAUGAACAAGGCUACGUUCUUCCAUUGUUAAACAGCUUCGGGGAAACCCUCGAUCUCAUCGCGGAGAAGAACCUGCAGGAGAAGGCCUUCAACCAGCCGGUGCGACACCGUUUGGGCCGUGUCUUCGACAAGGUUGUAAAGGCUAGGAAUCUGACGGCGGAGAUUAUCACGUCGAAAGCGAUCGCGAAUCAGAUCUUGAAGCUGUACCUUACGGCCUCAAGUUCUGCAUCGGCCGCGGUUGGAUUGGCAGACGGCGCGAGGGACGCCGGGACAGCAGGAGAGGGUUCUCGAGUCCUGCAUCGGUCGCGGUUGGAGCGGCAGACGGGGCUGGGGACGCCGGAACAGCAGGAGAGGGUCCUGGAUAAAGGCUGCCCCCUCUCAGUGCCGUGGGUGUGUGUUUAGUAUUCUGACGAGAGCAUGGCCUACAGGACAGAGCAAUUUUGUUUGAUUCCGCUUCGUGUUUUGGUCUUGCGUGUGUCUUCGUUUCGUCUUUCUUACUUUUUAUUUUCACUGCCAUGGGACAGGACAGUGACGCUUGCUGAUACUGUCAAGCGCUGUGGGUGUAGUACUGGAGGACUUUGCAAGAUUCGUCGAAUUGUCGCGGUUGUAUAUUUGCAUAAGAAAGUGUCUUUUAUGCCCUCUGCCUCGUGAUUCCGUUGUGGUUUGGUUGUUCUUUUUGUGUCUGUCAUCAUGGAACAGGCCGGUGCGGUGACUCUAGGUCGUGCGAGUAUAUGGCGGAGCUGCGUGUUGUAGGUCUGUUGUUGUUUCUAGCUCUGUCGAGGGACAAGCGGGGCGUGAUGCCUCGAUUGUGGUGUUUUUUUGUCGUGCGAGCAUAUGGAGGAAGAGAUGCGUGCAGCCCGCUGACUAGAUCAAUCGUAUAAUAGCGGUGGUGACACGAUAUUAUGCAUAGAACGCCGUGGUGUGUUAAGUUCCUUGCUGUUUUUUACUCUCCCGCUGGUUUCGAGAGGCUCAGCGUGCGUGUUCACGCAACUGUGUAUAUUAUUGAGUCCCUCGACGCCGCGUCAGCGAGGACGUUGCGAGAGUAACCGAGUGGUCGCGGUAGUCUGCGCAUAGAAAAAAGAGACGCGGUCUUCUUGUGCCUUCUGUUCUGUGACGCUGUUGUGAUGAGCUUGUUGUUUUUGCCGUUGUCAUGGGAGAUGCGGGUUUAGCGACUCUCUCGGUUGUAUAUCAGUUGUUAUGUGUGUGAAAUGAAAAGAGCGCCUCUUGGCUAUACUG